UUUGUGUGCCAGGCCUCGGGUUGCAAAAUGUUGUAGGUCGGGACCCUCAGCACAACAGGCAGGUGUAAGAACAGGUUGCUGUGAUGGGAACGGUCUAAUCAUGGAGAAAGCUAAAGCUACUGAACUAAGGAUGCUGGGCCUGAGUGUUGCGGACCCUGUUGUGCUCCCCGCGGUCUACGAGUGACUGUGUGCAUUUUCCCUGUCCGUGCCCCCGAUAGCAUAAGUAUUCACAAUGGAGCAUGCCGAUUUAGUGGCCGAAAUGGCCCAUGUGGAGCAUUUGACAACCCAAGAAAGGUUGCACCUCGCUCGAAAAAGACGUAUCCAGCAACUCAAAGUAUGGGCUGCUCGAGAAAAAGACUGGUUGCGACAUCAAAAGAAGGGGCGUAACAACGUCAACAAGAAGCUAAAGCACAUCUUUUUCAAUGACAGUGUUAUGCUUUUAGAGGCAGCAGCUAGAAAUGAUAUUGAAGAAGUUGAAAGACUGUUGAAGAAAGGAGUGAAUCCUGAUUCAACUAAUGAAGAUGGGCUGACAGCAUUGCAUCAAUGCUGUAUUGAUGAUAAUGAACGAAUGAUGAAACUUUUGCUUGAUUAUGGGGCAAAUGUAAAUGCAGAAGACAGUGAGAAAUGGACACCCUUGCACGCUGCCGCUACCUGUGGUCAUUUGCACCUUGUUCGAUAUCUUAUUAAUAGUGGGGCAAAUCUUCUAGCAGUGAAUGCUGAUGGAAACAUGCCCUAUGAUAUUUGUGAAGAUGAGGCUGCAUUAGAUCACAUAGAAAGUGCAAUGGCUGCUCGUGGAGUAACUCAAGAACUUAUUGAUGAUACUCGAGCCGCCACAGAGCUGAAAAUGCUGCAGGAUCUAGAGCAACAUGUAGCUAAGCAUGGGACGCAAGGCUUGGAAGACCAUGAUCACCAGGGAGCCACUCCACUUCACAUAGCAGCAGCAAAUGGCUAUAUACGGGUUGUGGAGUUUCUCUUAGAUCAGCAUGUAUCAACUGAUGUACGAGAUAAUGACGAUUGGCACCCAGUGCACGCAGCAGCAUGUUGGGGACAUAUGGAAGUAUUGGAGCUUCUUGUCCAAAAUGGUGCUGAUCUCAAUGCUAAAACAAAACAUGAGGAAACACCUGCUGAUAUAUGUGAAGAUGCAGAACUGCGUGAAAGAAUUAUUCAACUGAAGAGUGAACAGGAAACAAAGAAAGCAGCUGAAGCUCAACGUAAGCGUGUGAGGCGGUCUCAGUCGAACACUCGUACUCAAUCAGUGAGACGCACAUCAAUACGAGACAAAACACUUACUACCAAGAAGGAUGCUCAAGAAGAGGCCAGAUUACGUCUUCAAGCUCAAGAGGUUUUCAUUGUGCCAGUCGACAAUGUAGAUGGACCACCUUCAUCUACUCCAAUGCCUGCGCCGCGCACUUCAAACCAGUCUCCUGGAGCGACUAUGGUCCGCCAGCAAGCCCCUGUCCCUGUUCCUGUUGUCUCUCCCUCUCAGACGCCUGUCAGGUCUCCGCCUCAGACGCCUGUCCGAUCACCACCCCAAACACCUGUGAGAUCACCUCCACAGUCUCCAAUGCAGAAUCCCGCUUCCAUGCCAUUGCAGUCCAGUGCUCAAGUCUCCCCGACAGUUGAUGACAAAGACAAGCCAAGCCCCACUUCCAGCCCUCCCGGGCGUAGAUCUCUACCAGAAGGUAGAGACAAUGACUCGCAGGCAUCAUGUGAGAGCAGCAGUGUAGUACCAUCAUCACCAACUAAUUCACUCGCAGGGUCUCCCGCUCCAUUAGACCUCCCAGCUGAAGCUGCCUAUGUUACAGACACUAAUGGGAAGAUCAAUAUUCAUGUUUCUGUGACAAUCAACGCAGGGACCUUGGCUGAUCUCAAGAAACAGAGAGCAUCAAUUCGUAAUGGUACUGUUCAAAGCCACAGUGCUGCUGCAAAUGCAGCAGGCUCAAAUGGAAAUCUGUUGGCUGCUGCUGAUGCGGCAGGACUUCCUCCUCCAGGAUGUGUAAAACGUUUUGCUGGAAAUACAAGUGAUGUAGUGGAAGAUGCUCGCUCAAGACGAUGUUGUAUAAUAUCAUAAUUAUGUAUUGUAACUACUUAAAACCGUCUAGUUCAAAAAACUAUAAUACUCUUGAUAUGAUUAUUUUCUCUUCAGGCAAAUGUAGUGAUAUAAAAUAUCACUAACUGUGUCUUUUCAGUUUUGACUGUGUUCUAUUAUUAUAAUUAGUCUUUCUCAUCUGUGAGUACAAGAGAUUAUCACAUGCCAGCCGGUGGCUGUUGUAGCUUGUUAUUCUACUAUGCCCUGAGUUUGUCUAUUCUGAAUAUAGCAAAGACUCAACUUACUCACUUAUCAGAAAUCGUUAAUCACUAUUUUAGUAUUCACAGGGGAGCUGUACUGAACCUUCCUCGUCCAUGCAUAAUUUACAGUAAAUGCUACUUGAUGGUUGUUUAUCAUAUGUCAAUGGCACAAGUGAUGAUUGAAGAGUAGCUGAAUGCCUUCAAUCAUGCUCCUUUUAUCGUUUUGUGAUUCUAGAGUUUUAAAAUUCUCAGCCUGCUUUUGGGUAAUGUGAUUACUAAUACUUUGUAUUAAAGACAUCCUGUCUCUUUAUCAUGUACUUAUUUACAAAAAGUAUUUUCUUUGAAUGUAAUAUUUGUAUAUGUCUUGGUUCUUCCAUUGAAGAUGGGCACACAUGGCUGUAUUGUUAUACUUAGUUCUUGUUUUUGCUUUGUUGUCCUAUUGCAUUUGAAAUGCAAACUAUGUACAUAAUCAAAGUUCAGCUAACUUUAUCAGCAAAUCUUGUCAUUUUAAAAAUGAUGGUAUCAAAUCAUUCAUAUCAACCUCACAAACAUCAGUGUUGUGCCUUUACUAAUCAUUGCUAAUUGUAGCCUAAAUAGACUUUCUUUAUAAACCAAACAAAUGUAUUGUUUGCUAAAUCACAGUGACUGUCUAAAUAACUCCCUUACCCUUUCUACAGUAUGUUGUCAAAAAAUUUAUUUGCAAUUCCCCGGGACAGAGAGUUACUUGUGAUACUUCUUUCCUCCAACUUGUGAUAAAUAUGAGUAUUGAUAAAGGUUUGUAGAAAAUUGUAAAUCAAGCCAUUCAAGUCCCUAAAAGACUGAGAUAUGCCUUUGUGUUUAUGGUGUCAUAGUGUUCAAGCAAAACAAGAACUUAAAUGAUUUUGCCUCUUGCAUGAGUUUGAUAAUCCGUAUACCUCCGUAUAAUCCAUAUAAUUUUCCUCAACUUUGGGUUCGCAAUUUGUUAUCCAACCCACAUUUUCAAUGAUUUUUAAUGUGUUCAUGUUAAUUAGUGUACAUUCCCAAGUUAUGUAUUUAAAAUGUUUAUUGAAUAGUUGACACGCCCAUUGUGGAACUUUUUCUUAGUACUGAUUACACCCUUAUUUUUCUCCUAAUUUUUAAGGACUUCUAUUUUUCCUGUUUCAAUUUCUAGACUACUAGAAGUGAGUAUUAUUUAUGUGCAUUUUGUAGAAUUAUAUGUAUAGUAAAUUUGUUUUUCAAAUUUACUUGGUCUUGUAGGUUGUGCCUUGCUUUGAUGAGUUUAACUCCUGUUCAGAACUCUUUAUACCUAUGUUUCACUCCAGUAUGCGAUGGUGUACUUUCAAUAUGUUUCAGUAUUCUGUCUGAUAUGGCCUAAAGUUAUUACGUGCUGGAGUGUUAUUUUAGCAUUGGACUGUUUUGUUAACACAUCCAUGUACCUAAUUCUACUGUUGAACAGUGUGAUGGUUAAGUAAUGAAAAAAUACUCACAACGUGUUCCUUUUCUUCUUUUUUUGUUUGUGCAGAGCAAUCUGCGUCUGCACUUUAAAUUAAGGUUUUGUGGUUCUUGUACCUCUUAACAGGUAGUAAGAGACAGUCCUUGUCGGGUGCGGACAUACUCUCAAUAUUGGUGUGUAGUGAGCAAUCAAAUAAUGAAAUCUGUUGUGAUGGUUUAAGACAUGAAUGUGUAUAUUAAUAUGUGCCUUAUAAACUGAGCGCAAAUUAGUAAUAAUUAUUUAUGGCCUUCACUUCAACAGUGUACUUUAUAAUAUUUUUUUCUUGACAUAAGAUGAACGCACUUUGCACUUAAAUUAUUUUCUUGGCUUGGAGUGUUUUUAUCUAAAAUGAAGACACUUUAUGCGCAGUGACAUUUCUUGAGAAAGCUUGAUUUAUUUGCAAAAUAUUAAAAUUUACAUGACAGCUAAACAUACAUCAAUUUCAAAAUCAGCAAACCUGCAUUGCUGGCCUGAAGUUUGACUCACAAAAUCCUGCACUAAUCCAGGUUUUUGUGAAAUGACAGGUAUAAUCACUUGUGCAAGCAAUUUUCCUCUUCAAUUGAAGCAUGCAUUUCUUCUUCUCCAAGCUUCUUACUGUCAUACCCGUGACGGAAAAUGCUGUAGUUCUACUUACCCACUAUUUUCUAAUGGCCCAUAGUCUUGUCCCAUGGUUUCUGAUUAAUAUGUGGUACAUAGUGAUAACAUACCUACACCUAUGGAGUAUUGUGUUUAGCUUAAUUGUGUAGAUAUAAGGUUUUGUGAUAUUUUUAGCCUUUGGGAAUAUUUUUUGUAGUGUCUAGGUUGUCAAUAAUUGCACCUGUCAAUAAAACGACAAUGAUACUUA